AUGGGCAACACUGCCGUGGGCGCUGCCGCCGCUGCCAGCGGCAGUGAUGGCUUUGUGUUCUGGAACAUCCUCACGCCCAAGUUUUACGUGGCACUGACGGCCACCUCUUUUCUCAUCUCCAUUCUCAUUCUGCUCUUUGAGUGGUGGUACUUCAGCAAGUACGGCAUCUCCUUCAUCGAGCAGAUCUCCCUGAACUACCUGUCGCCGCUCUUUGGCGGAAACAGCGGCGGCGCCAACAGCAGCAGCAGUGGCGGAAGCGGCAGUGGCAGUGGCAACAACAGCGGCGGCAGCAGCAGCGCCGACAGCAGCGACGAAUGCAAAGUUUGGCGCAAUCCAAUGAGUCUUUUUCGUGGGGCCGAGUACAAUCAGCUGGCGUUGGCGACCAAACGGGAGGCACUCACUUUCUACGACAUGAACCUGAGCGCACAAGACCACCAGACGUUCUUCACCUGCGAGGCGGACGGCGGCAAGGAGGACAUGGAAAUAAUGACCACCGCCUGGCGAGAACGUGACCCCGAGGCGCGCAUCAAAUCGGCAAAGGAGGCGCUGGCGAAGAACGCCGACUGCGCCCCCGCCUACAUUCUGCUGGCUGACGAGGAGGCGAAGACGAUCACCGAGGCGGAGCGGAUCCUCCGAAACGGCCUGAAGGUGGCCGAGGCCACGUACCGCCGGUCGCAACUGUCCCACCACCAGUCGGCGUUGCACGAGGCCGCCCACCGCCGCGACCUGAACGUGCUCAUCUACAUCCGCCGCCGGCUGGCAAUGUGCGCCCGCAAGCUGGGCAAACUGCGCGAGUCGGUGAAGAUGAUGCGCGACAUCAUCAAGGAGUUUCCCAUGGUCAACCUCUUCAACAUUCACGAGAACCUCAUUGAGGCGCUGCUGGAGAUGCAGGCGUACGCCGACGUGCAGGCGCUGCUCGCCAAGUACGAUGACAUCAACCUCCCCAAGUCGGCCACUAUCUGCUACACCUCGGCGCUGCUGAAGGCGCGCAACAUCGGCGACAAGUUCUCCCCGGACCUGAUCGCCAAGCGAGGUCUCUCCAUGGCGGAGAUGCACGCCGUGGAGGCGAUCCACCGCGCGGUGGAGUUCAAUCCGCACGUGCCAAAGUACCUGCUGGAGGCGAAGAAGCUCAUCUUUCCGCCGGAGCACAUUCUGAAGCGCGGCGACAGUGAGGCCAUUGCCUACGCCUUCUUCCACCUGCCGCACUGGAAGCGCGUCGAGGGGGCGCUCAAUCUGCUGGACUGCACCUGGAAGGGCACGUUCCGCAUCAUUCCGCAUCCACUGGAGAAAGGUCACCUCUUCUACCCGUACCCGAACUGCACUGAGUGUACCGAUCGAGAACUGUUGCCAGAAUACCACGAACUGUCGGUGUACCCCAAGAAGGACAUCCCCAUCUUCAUUCGCUUCACCGCCAGUCUGUGCACAGUGACGGCGAUGCUCGCCUUCAUGGCCUACCAGUACCCGGAGAUGCUCUUCUACAUCUUCCGUUCCAUGCUCCAGUGGACCUUUGAGAACCUGUCUUUUGUCGCCGACAAGCUCGAGCUGGUGCUGCCCAAUUGGAUCUGGCAGCUGUCCACCAGCUACUGA